UGGAUGAAUUGUUGGGCGCGUGAGCUAAAAGUGACGUUCACUAAAAACGACAGUUUGAAAGAGGUUUAAAAGUAAUUAUAUUCAACAAGGAACAGAUGAAAAGUAAGUAUAACGAUUCGCAAAAUUAAAACCAAAAGACUUUUAAGGGGGAAAAACCGUAAAACAGAAAGAAAAAUGCCACGAGCGUUUCUGGUUAAAAAGACGAGCACCACUUCCGGGAAAAGAAACUGGAACGAAGUACCUGACUGUGUCCGAGGAGACAUGUACACACCAGUGUCUUUCAUCUCUGCUCAUGGCCAUGAAGAGUGUGAGCAGAGCCCUGCUGAGCUGCCCAUCUGUCCCUCCACCACACAGAGCAAGACCACACACAUGCACAUUCAAUCUCACAGCUCGAAUACUCAGCUGUCCUGCUCUGCCAUUCAGGAGUCAAGCUCUCACCGAACUCCUUUUAUCUACUCCAAAAAUAAGAUGACCAAGAUGGAAAAUGAAGCCGUGAAUCUCUCAAAAACCCCAAUCGGAUCCCCUUUUUUCUGCCCAGUAUGCCAUAAGACUUUCUGUCUUGCCCGAGUAAUGAAACGUCAUUUAAGGACUCACAGCGACUUUAAGAGGUACUCGUGUGAAUACUGCGAGAAAGGUUUCAAUGACACUUUUGACCUCAAGAGGCAUGUGCGUACUCAUACAGGUGUACGGCCGUUUAAGUGCACUGUCUGUGAAAAAGCCUUCACGCAACGCUGCUCCCUGGAGGCUCACCUAAAGAAAGUUCAUGGUGUUUUUCAACAGUAUGCCUACAAGGAACGCAGGGACAAGCUGUAUGUAUGUGAAGAGUGUGGCGUGACCGCUCAGACACAGGACAGCCUGCACAGCCACAUCCAAGUCAAACAUCCCAACAGCAUGAUUAUCAAAGCCAAAUCCAAAAACAGGAGAAGGAAGGCGCAAGACCGGGGAGGAAGUGUGUCUCCUUGUUCUCCUCACUCAUUAAGCGAUGCCGAUUGUUGUGUUUAAGGAAUGCUAAAAUUAUGCAUUAACUUAAAAAAUCACCAGUUCAUGAUUUCAAAUCAAUAAGUAUGCUUAAGAUCAGACCACUGAGACUUUAUAUACUAGCACCGCCAAAUGCUUUCUGCUGAGCAAAGCCUUUAACCAACACUUGCACCAAAAAAUAGUACUUCGUGCUCUGACAACCUUCUAAUUUCCUUCCUAUUUGGGAUAUGUGAAUAAAUGCUUUUCAGUGUGUUUUAUGUGUAAUUAGAAUAUAGACUGUAUUCCUUUCAUAUUAAGAAAAAAAUACAUUGUACGACAAUUACACUAUGGAUAAGUAGACAUAGGAUAUUGUAUUUUACUUGUAAUCCUUAAUGUUCACAGAAAAGGAAAAUAUUUCAUACUUAAUAUUGUAUAUUACAUACUUGCACACUCUUAAAUUAUAUUUGUGGUAGCACGGAUGAAAUCAGCUUAUUAGAGCUGUAGAGGACUCUAAUGCAUAUUUUGUGCCUUUAGUUCAUACUUUACUUGAAUGUUUGGGGAUUGUUUUGAAUCUUUUUGAGUAAUAAAAUGUGAUCUCUUUUUAU